AUGGUUUCUAGAGCCACAGAAGACACUGCACAUUUGGCUGUCACACCAGAACUGAUGGAAGAGAAUGGAAACGAGGAAAUGGAGAAUCCCUUAGGUCAUUCAGUCAGAUCAUGGAGUGACUGGGAAAUCAUGGUCUUCCUGCAGCAGUGGGAAGUAGUUGAACAGGAAGUUGGCCUCCCAGGGAGGGAGAAGCAGAGGAAGUCCAGAGCUGUUUCCUAGAGACUCUAUCACAGGGGCCUGAGGAAGAGCUGGAGGAGCUGUUUCCCCCUGCUGCUGAGCCUGCAGGAUCUGUCCAGGACUCUGUGUGAGGACAGACCAAGGAGCAGACCCUUGUUUUCUCCUUAUGUGUGGGCUCUGCACAGAAUCCUGGGCUCCAGGGAACUGAUUUUGGACUUGUUCAGAGUGGGCUAUGACACACAGCAAGAGAAGCCGACCCAACCUCCAAUGGUUUUACGGUCUCCCUUGUACCAGCCUUGGUAUUAUGGCAUCCCUGUUCCUUUCACAGGGCUACAAGGAAUCCCAUCACCUAUGAUGUCCAGAGAGGAUUCCCUGGUUCCCAGAUGA